AAGUAAGCAGCUAAGUCGUGGAGGCGUAUUAAUGGAAUCAGUAAUCGUCGUAAAGUGCGUGUAUUGGGAUGCCCUCGGUGGAUAUCGUGUAAAACAAUGCAGUAAGAAUGCGCGCGGUUAAGUGGAAGACAGGUGUAUGAGGUGAGCAUUCCGAACAAUUCCGAAGUAGGAAAACCAGACCCAGAAGCAGCAAGGUUGUCGUCCGCCACGAAGUUGGGCCCGAAGUCACGCCAAGUCCGGUUUAGGGGAUGAGAACAGGGACUAGAGUGCCGUAGUGGUGUGGUGAAGAAAUCAAUCGGGGACGUAGAAUAAAGCGAUAUCGGUGUCGGUGUAUCUUGGUGCAGGGACGGCAGGGAAGGGGGCGCGCACUCGCCGUGUGAACCUAUUGGUUGAUGUCUGAAACUUUGUUGACUGGCUGGUAGUCGAGUGUCGGAGUCGAUGAAUCGUUGGUUGUCCUGGUAGUGUCCGCGUCCGCGUCGGUGUCGGUGUAAGUUGGUGUGGUUGUGGCAGUGAGUCCUCGCCGAAGAUGGCAUUGAACCAGGACGAGGGCAAGCAGGUCCUGCGCGUGGACCAGGACUCGGAGACGGACCUGCAGGCCCUCUUCGACAGCGUGCUGAAGCCGGACUCGAAGCGGCCCCUGCAGGUGCCCUGGAGCAUGCGGAAGCUGCCGGACUCGUUCUUCAACCCGCCGUCCACGGGCUCCAAGUCCAUCAACCACUCGCGCGAGAACUCAGUCGACUCCGCCUUCAGCUCGGCGGCCAGCGCCAGCGGCAGCUCCACCGCCGCCGCCGCCGCCCCCGCGCCGCUCCCCAGUGCCCACCACCGGGCCCACAGCUCGCCCGCCUCCCUCCAGCAGACCUACGCCGUGGGGCAGGCGCAGGCCACGCACCACCACAUCAAGCAGCGCUCCUACGACGUCGCCUCCAAGGUCGAAGACAACACCCCGCUGCCCACUGGCUGGGAGCAGGCGCGCACCCCCGAAGGACAGCUCUACUAUCUUAACCACAUAACUCGGACCACAACUUGGGAAGACCCGCGAAAGUCGCUGGCUGCGCAAGCGGCAGCCCAACAACACCAAAGUGCCGAACAGCUUUUAAGUUCUCAUCAGGUGUCGCAGGCCCAAGCCCCCAAUUCCACGCCCCCUGCCAAAGUGAGUACAGACGUAGAUUUAGGCCCUUUGCCUGAAGGUUGGGAGCAGGCACAAACUCCUGAGGGAGAAAUUUAUUUCAUAAAUCAUCAAACACGUACUACUUCGUGGUUUGACCCUCGAAUUCCCACACAUUUGCAACAGAGAUCUCCCGGCACGGCUUCGGUUAGUGGGCAGUCGUGGCCAAGUGGCUCUUUGUCGCAAUCCUCGCCGGCUAAACAGCAACAGUUUCGACUACAACUGUUGCAAUUCGAACGUGACAGACUGAAAUUGCGACAGCAAGAAAUUCGAAUGCAACAGGAACUUAUGAUGCGGGGGAGUUCCAACGACUUAGCGCUAGACCCCUUUCUGAACGACCACUCCAGGCAGGAGUCCGCCGACAGCGGCUUAGGUUUGGGGACGACGUAUUCGAUGCCUCACACGCCGGAGGAUUUUUUUGAUUGUACGGAGGAUUUAGUGCCUUCGCUCCAACUGGGCGAAGAGUUCCCGACUGAUUUGGGCGAGGAGUUCCCGACUGUCAUUUUAGACGAUGAUGUACAAUCGUUAAUAAAUCCGCCGACUACGAAGCCCGACAAUGUGCUCAUUUGGUUGUAAUAAAGUGCCUACUUAAGUAGCUCAGCUUCUACGAAUGUUUUAUAUUGAUAGAAAUUUAAGACAAAGUUUGGCAGUUGGAUGGUAAAGACUGUCGUCUGUAUCGUUAUUUUGCAAUAUGUACCAUUUGAAUACGCUUUAAAUGGCAAUAAUAAUCAAAACAUAUUUUUAAUGUUAUUAUAAUUUUACAUUUAUCGCAUUUGUAAUUCUCAAAUCAGUUACUGUUGGGUAUGUUUUUCAUACAUAUGUAUUUUAUAGUUUGUAAUUUUUAAGUUAGAGUUGUAGUUUAUGGUGCAGAUGAUAUUUUGUCAGUUUUGGUAAGAUAUCGAUCAAAUUAUUGAGUACUGAACGCAAAAUUCAAUAUUUAUUUAUUGUUGUAUUAGAGUUAAUUAUUUAACAAUUUUUAUUUAUGUCAUGUAUAACUUUUAACCUCUGUUCCAAAUCUAACGUUGUGAUAAUGUUUUCGCAAAAUUUUAUUAAUUGGUAGGAAUACUUAACUGUAUCCCUAUUUAAUUUUACUUGUUACUGUAUGUGCAAUGCACCCCUGCUCCUCCCAGGACCAGACUUGUUGCAUCGCGAAGGAUUCAACUCGUAUAAAUAUGCUCACACUGAACUAAUCCCUCCAUUUUGUGCCUUUAAUUGGUAACGUAUAUGUAUAUAUUUUAUUGACAACGGUUACUUGUAGUCUUAGUUUUACAAUUUCUAAAAUAUAUUUUACACUAACAUAUUGUAACAGUGCCUUUCACAUUUACUCUAGUGUUUAAGUGCUUAUUGUAUCACCACCAAUUGGUACAGCUGUGAUUAAGAAUCAGAAAUUUUGGACCGUUUACAGGUGUUAUUAGCUGCAAAAUUCACUUCACGAAGCAAUACUCAACGCAAUCAGUCUUGUGGCUACUAACACUGAUUUUUCAUUUGUGGGCCAACCAAGCGAAAUGUUAGCCGAUGAGGGAGCGAAUCUUAAUUUCAAUCAAGCUUUCAGUAAGGAGAAAGGAGAUGCCGCUUGAUUGGCCUACUGUUUUAUUGUGAAAUUAUUGUAUUAGUUUAUAAUUGUAAAUAUAUAUUGGAAAUAUUA